UUGUGCCGCGCGCAGCCAUAUUAGCAUAAAUGAUCGAAAUGAUCAAUGAGCAAGCUUCGCAAUACCGAUGCCCACUAGUGUAUAUGAAGAAGAGAGAGAUUCCACUACACACGACUUCUUAGUGACCAGUGACUUACGUUGUUGCUGUAUAAACCCUCUCCUUCUUUCUUCACCGCAAUCUUUUAAUCACUCGACAAAGUUCUUCUACAAGUUGUAAGACUAUCUUUAAUGCAGAGCCACAGCGACACGAUCACCCGCACGACUACAAAUUUACGAUCAUGCCAGUGAUGAAAAAAUUUCCCGAAAGAAAAAAAAAUUAGAUGAAAAAAUAUAUAAUUAAUGCUCCUUUUCCAUUCAUUGACGUACAAUUAGACAAUAAUUUUGGGACAGUCUCGGGCCGAAAAUGAUAAAUUAAUGGAGCGUAAUGAGAAAAUUGAGAAUGUGGAAGAGUUUUUAAAGAGAUCAGGACCGAAAAAAAAAAGAAUAUAAAACACCACUGUUUGACAGGAUAUUUUUCAUGGUUAUCGGAGCGAUAAGAACGGAAUGAAGGAGGCUUAUCGAUCGCAAUUAACAAACGACUCCGGAGAGGCUCCUUGGGUGGCUGCCGCGCGCACUGUUUCGUCCAGUGAAACAUGGAGCAAUGAACCCAAAUCUCCCCCCUUCCCCUGUCAGACUUCCAAAAUGUCUACCUUCAUCCACCUCGUGUUUUAUAUACAGUGUAGCUUAUUACUAUUGGAUUUAUAAUCUCGCCAGAUCGCUGUUGAUUCUUUCAAAACAAGCACAAUACAUACAUAUUACAUCUUGGGAUGUCUCGAGUAUCAGAUACUAUCGAUAUAUACAUUGCGGCAUGCGAAUGAAUACGAAAUACGAGAGAAAUAACCGGGAGCGAUAUAACGAACGAUCCCGAUUCAUCAUCCAGUGGCCGAAACGAAUUUGCAGAGACGUAUUCGAAAUAGAGCCGUACACCUUGGCAAGUGGACCCCAGUACUCUUUUCACAUCCCAACGGCGCACUCGCCUUCCAACUGA